AUGGGAAAACUACGUGGGCAACCAAGUAGGAUGCAGACUAUGGAGGUGGUGCCGGAUGAUCUUCAUGGAGAGAUGUCCGAAGUGAGGGACUCUGCACGUAGAGCUUUGUCAAAGGAACUGGCUAGUUCUUGCCGCGCUGUUUUGACUAUGCAGAAUGGAAAUACGGACCAGCAUGGAGGCGGUGAUGUGUGGCAUUUCCAGGAUGAGGACUCAGCUCCACACGCGUCGAAGGAUGUACUCAAAUUGUCGGCGGAGGAGAUGCGGGCGUGGAAGACGGCUUCGCUGCCGCAGCUGUUGUCAAUGCGGAAAAAUCUUUUUUUUUAUCGCUCUAUGGUGUCUCGGACGUCAUUACACGGAAGAGAUUUAAUGAAAUUAAGAGUUUCGAUGCAAUAA